GUCAUUAACUAGAAGGCCCAGGAUCCACAAAUUGAACGUCUCGCCCAUGACCAUAGUAGCGAUCAGGAGGUGAUCAGAAGACGACGACGAGGUGACGACAAUGACGCCUCCGACGCUGGAAGCGCUGCGUCUGUCGAUGCUGUCGACGCUCGACUCGAUCAAUCGCUUCCAGCUCGACCACGCCCAGUGGCAUGCCCUCGCAUACGCCAAGCCCAUCAUUGGUCUCGCCUGGCAGGACCACCUCGACUCCUCGCAGCUCGGCCAGAAUUACGGUGGGGGGAGCGGAACUUUUGUCGAGGGAAGGACUGGGUUCGACCACAGUAUCAAGGGCCUCAAGGCCGUGCGCAACCAGGUCCAGCAGGAGCUGUCCUACAUUGAGCGGCACAUCACAAAGGUCGGCGACGCCUCGCAGCAAUUCGGCAGCUCCAACGCCUUCUAUCUCGCCACGAGCUGGCAACAGGUCCUCUUCUCCUACCUCUCGCAGUCGCCCGUCGUCCAGAUCGACUCGGCCUUUCCCACCGGCGGCCCUGGCGGAGAGGCUGCCAAGGUUGACAUUGUCUGUCUGGGAGGCAAUCGAUGGGUCCGCGUCCUCACCAUCAAGCCAUUCUCGCUCUUGGCCGAGUUUCGGUAUGCCGAGAGCUAUGUCACCGUGGACGAGGAUGACGAGGAGGAAGAAGAGGCCGGCAGCGGCGCCGACGAAGAGGCUAGAGAAGAGGAGCUGGCAGGAGAGAGGAAAAGGACAAGCUAUAGAGAGAUGCAGGCCGCCCUCGAGAAGGGCCAGGUCGACUCGGUGGCUGCCGACUGCUCCGUCAUGCGCAUCAUCAAGGAGCUCCUCACCGCCGCUGAGAGAGCCACCGCAGCACCAGCAGCUGCGGGACCGAGCCGAAACACGCCGAUUCUUGAGAUCGUGCUGACCCGUCUGGAUCUUUCCUCGGUCGACGCAUCGAUGGACGAGAAGUUUCACGAUGAGGCAGAGGCGAAGCGGUACGAGACGAGGCUUGCGGCGAUGCGGACCUACAUGGCGGACAAAGGCAUCGUCAUCUCGGGCCCAUCGGACCGGCGCCUGAGGCCAUGCGAGCUGCUGCCUUCGUCGCUGGCCUCGGGUGAAAUUAAGCUGGAGGAGCAGAGCGACGAGCAGGCCAUCCUGAAGCGCAUGUCGUUGCCCUCGCUUCCCCUCGCGCCGCGGAUGCCGUCUAUGGUCGCCACGACGGUGCUCAACUUGGACCUCUCUUGUCUCGUCGCGCUCGUCUCUACCAUCUCGCAUAUGCGCCUUCCCAGCCGCAUCGAAGACUGCGAGAAGUACUUUUGGCCAGAUGCACCAGGCGCAGGAGCAGAUGAAGAGGAAGCGUUGACGUCAAAGAAGCAGCCCCGGGCAAGGACGCUGACGGAGCAGCUCCAGCGAGAAAUGAGCGGCGAUGGCCUCUUUGACUCCCUCACGGCAUUCACAACGACUGAUCGGCCGCUGGAGCUGCGCUGCACAGCCGAGGCCCGCGACAAGCUCGGGGAGAUUAUCAAUCUCGUCGGUGGGCCUGCCGAGCAGCUGCGAGCAAGAUCUCUCUUUGGUGAUCAUGGUGAAGAUCCCCAGUCCUUUUGGACAGGCUCUCGGUGGGCAGAUGAAAGCUUCCAAAGUGUACGGGAGAAGAUUAAGCUACCCGUCAAGGUGCUCGACACGCACGAAACACUAACCACCGAGGCCCUGGCACAGUCACGCACAUGGGCAGACGAAUUUGAGCAAAAAGCCAAGAGAAUCGUCGUAAAGACGCUUGAAGACAUCAGCACAAAAGCCGGAGGAGGCGCAGUCGACGCGUGCUCGGGGGAGGCUCUGAGACAGACGAGCCACACGCUUCGGUCGCUACUGGUCGGCCUGGAGAUGAAUAUCACAACGCUGACAACGAACAUGUUCAGCGUGAAGUGGCUCGUCAAGGAGGUGAUGCGCGUGUACCCGUGCGAAGAAAGCGAUGGGCACGAACUUGAUGGAGGUCAGGAGCUCGAGACUAUGGGACGAAGGAUGCUUGGUCAGGUCCGGGCCAGCUUAUGGGUCUUGUAUCCGAGAUCACUGUCAGAGCGCAUGGUUGCGCCGCCGGAAGGCAGGAGAGACAUGAAUAUGCUUCAGGUCCGCGUUGCUGGCACCGAUGGUGCCGACAGCCAGGCGGAAAAGCAGGCUGUGGCAGAAGACAUCGAAUUGACGCCAGCAACACCAGCAACAUUGCUUGGGGAUUACGUCGAUGGCGGAACCCAAAAGGCGGAGGGAGGUAGCUACAUCACCUCGCCCAGAACACCAGGGGAACAAGCUCCUCUUCAAGAAGCCAAUGAGGCCGAGAGCAAGGCAAAGCGCCAAAUUUUUCCGGUUCGGUUAGGGUCGCUCGUCAACAAUCUUAAUCACUUGCCCUCGUCAUUAUCCUCCUCCCAAUCGCAAAUUGCUCGACAGCCGGGCGCCUCACCCGCUUCUCGGGCGGGUCUACCGUGGAGAAUGCUCAAGUCGCUCAUCCGCGGACCGAAGAAACGCGCACGGUUGACCAUUCAGCACUACAAGUGGUGGCCCUUGGGCCCCGUGGAAGCUUUCUGGUUAAAAUCAACGGACAGGGUCGCGUGGAAGGACCCGGAAGAGCGUACACGCGGAGAAGGAAUGCCUCUGACGUACGUCGUCGAUGAUCUGGAAUCACCACGGACAAGUGUCCCUGGCUCUACGAUGAAUGCGCAGCCUACUGGUUCUGACAAGGAGGAGCAAGAGAACGACGAGGAGGUCGAUAGCUGGUGGAGAGGUGUCAAGGCCGACGUUCGACUCAAUUGGCUCCACUGGCUGCUCCUUUGUGCGGUCUACAUUGGCUGGAUUCUCGGAUUCUCGUUCCUCGUUCAACAGCUAUGGUAUCAAGCCGAAGUGUUGGACACCGAUGGCAUCACUCCUCGCUCCGCGCCUCAAUUCUUCGGUUGCACCACGACAUAUUGGCUGCAAAAUUCAAAUUGCGGGCUUGAGGGAGAGAAUUGCCAACCUUUCUCAUCAAACGAUAGCAUACAAUUUCGAUGCCCAGCCAAUUGCCAGACGACGACGCUGGGAGGAUUGAGGGCCGUAGGCGAUCAAUUGCCAUCGUAUGUGCCUCUCGUUGUUGGUGGAACCAACGUCACCGAUGGCGGGCCGAAGCUGUAUCGCGGCGACUCGUUCGUGUGUGCAGCGGCUAUCCAUGCUGGUGUCCUCGAAGCUGGCAAGGGGGGCUGCGGUUCGCUCUGGCUUGCGGGCGCAUCGGCCGAUCUCGGCUCGACCUACCAGCACGGCAUCAAUUCGACAUCGUACGCAUCAAGCUUUCCGGUCAAUUUCUUCUUUGAUGACGGUUUUCAAUCGAGAGAUUGCACCGAUCAGAGAUCGAAGGGCUACAUUCUCAACGUGAUUCUGCUGGCCUUUGUCGGCUUCGUCCUCCGUCCAAAGCCCAUCGUCUAUUUCUACACGCUCGUCUGCCUCGGCUUCUGGCAUAUCAACUUCAUCUCGGAGCCCAGAACGUAUCCGAUGACGAUUAGCGGUCCCUUCGGCGAUUUCUUGCCGACGCUGUUCGUCGCCUACGCCGUCUGGAGGCUGACCUUCCGCUUCAUUUGGCCAGCAUUCCGUAAAUUGCCCCUCGAGAGGGAGGUCUUCACUCAAGGCCUCUUCUGGAUCGGUACACUCCUUGGUAUCGUUUUCCAAAACGUGCCUCUGAGCCGCCUCGUUGCGAGCGACAUUGCGAAUGAGCCCGGUGCUCUGACAAGCAUCAUCGUCAUCGUCGUCGUCGCAAUCGUCUUGGCAAUAAAUCAGGUUCGCGUCAUUCGCAAAGUCGGUGCGCUGCCAAAGUAUCUGACGCUCCUCGUCGUUGGUGGAAUCAUCGUCGGUCUCCUUGCGGCGGUCCCGUCGACGGGUCUACGGCUACACCACUACAUCAUUGCGCUCGUCAUUCUGCCUUUUUGCGCCUUCGAGACAAGGCUGUCGCUCAUCUAUGCCGCCUUUUGUCUGGGCAUGUUCCUCAACGGUGUUGGGCGAUGGGGCUUCGAUGGUUUGAUCCAGGACACGAGCGAUAUCAUCGGAUCAGGCCAGACAGGAAGCGCACUGCCCGCAUUCUUGGGAUCAAGUAAUUUCACCGGACUCUUGCCAUUCAGCAGCAACGCGUCGUCAGCAGCUACAAACGGACUCAUCCAAUGGCACCCCGUCAAUGACUCCGAUGCAGGGUCGUACGACUCAUUCCAGCUUCUCGUCGAUGACGUACUCAUGUACCAGGGGCCUGCCACGCAAUUCAAUCUCUCGCGCCUCGUCGACUUCUACCAGCCGACAUCCACGCAAGCGCAAGGAGACUCGACCUCGACGACAACAUCGUCGAUGAACUUUACCUACUACCCUGCCCCGAACGCGCAGUUAAUCCUCAACGAUACAUUGGCUACCCAGCCCCACUACAUCAGACUCGCUUACAUGGACAGUCAAUCGGGAUCGGUUGGUGAUUUCACUAGAGCAGCAACCGCCUACUUCAACGGGACAUUUAAACAGCCGCAAUACGGCGCAACUUGAGCAGUGUCUUUCUCUAGCAUCUCUUUCGACUUCUUUUCUCUCUCUCUCUUCGAUAGCACACCUUGUAUCCUUUUCUUCGGUUAUUCCUGCAUCUUUCAUGCUUUCGGUCACGCUCACAUUCGUUCGC